GGCAACGUGACGUCACAUCUUCGAAACGUAAAUACUUUGGGCAAAAUGGAUUGACAGUAAUAAUAAGUAAACAACGGGAGGCCAAAAGAACAGGGAUAUCUGGUCAAUUUCAUCGAAGACUAAGACCAGAGGAUAACUGUGGCAGCACAACGAGCGUAUAUUACGCUCUAGAUUGUCUUAUAUAACUAAAAAUCAAACGUUAGCUUUGAAGAUGAUGGUCUCACAGAGAACCCGUAGGACCCGGGAGUUCACUGGACCUACCCCUCACUCCGUCGCUAUCCGAGCAAGGCCUCCAAAUGUUCGUCCACCAGAGCACCUCAUCCUAGAGAGGAGAAAGAAGGAAGAAAUGCUUCAAGAGUAUAAGAAAAACACACAGUACAUGGAAUUCAAUGAUUUGAAAAAUGAAUGGGAGAGAUUUACCGACAGAAAAAUCAAGAUCAAUACAACCAUGCGAAGAGUUGAUGGUCUAAUGUUAGCUAACCAGUUUAAUGUAGAAGACCGAAGGGAAAGGUUAAGAACCAUGCUCCAACAAGAAGAAGCAGCCUAUUUACGUGAAAUGGACGAAAAAGAGGAAACAGUAUUAGAGAGACAAGCCAAAAUGAGAGAACGGGCAAAAUACUUAAAGGACAGGCGGGAAUCAGAGCGGCUGGAAUAUGUACAGGAAAAAUAUGACCAACAGUUCAGAAACCAGUGUGAGGAGCUGAGGUCAACACUGUCCAAACGUCAGCAGGAUGAAGUAUGUGCCGAGAGACUUGAACAGCUCAAGAUUAAGGAUGUGAUGGAUAGAGAGAGGAUGGAAGAGGAUCAAAUGUAUGCCAGACUGUGGGAGGAAGACAGACAGAAGAAGGCAGAUAGGGAAGAACGAGAUGCAAAGGCAGCACAGGAGAGGAACAUAGAAACUCUGAGUACACUCAGGACACAAAUGGCCUCCCUGGAGGAGAAGAAAGAAACAGCCCUCAGACUGAAGGAAGAGGAAGCCCAGUUGUUGAGGGAACAGGCGGCUCUGAGACAGCUGGAGGAACAGAGAAAUCGCGAGGAAAAGCUCCGAUUACAACAAGAAACACGAGACAUGUUAGAUUUGUCUCUCAAACUGAAGAUGAAGAAGAGGGCCAAGGCAGAACAGGAACAGUUGGCCUUUGACCUCAAGAUCCUUGAGCAACUUCUGGAGGAAUCUAGGAAUGAGGCCAUGGAACAGCUCCAACGAAAGAGAGAACUGCGAGAGGAGGAUAAACGUUAUCGUGAAUAUUUGCGUAACUUGAUGGAGGAGGAGAAGGUAAAGGAGGUCGAACUUGAGCGACUCAUCAAUGAGGAGGUCGAGAAAAUGUGGCAAAAACGACUCGACCAAUGGCGAUUGGAGAGACAGGCACGCAAGAAGUUAAUGGAAGAUGUUCUUCAUGUCAGAGCUCAACAAAUCCAGGAUAGACUGAUGACCAAUGACCGAAAACAGAGAGAAGCUGAAAUGGAACGUCAAGAACUUCUACGAACGAUUGAAGAAAAUAAGAUUCUUGAACAACAGAAGAUGGAAAAGAACUGGAAUAAAAAUCGUUCAUACCAACAGGAUCUUCGCGGUCAAAUCACGUACAACAACCAACUCCGCGAACUUGAAUUUCAACGUGAGGAUGAGGAAUUUAUCCUGGGCAUGCAAGCAGAACGAGAGUACCAGGCUCGUCUUAAGGACUGUCUGGACAGUCCGGAAUAUGACAAACUUCACCCGAUGCGUAGAGCAAUGGCGGCUCGGAGUGCUCAGCAAAGCCGUCAUUGAUUGGUAGCCAAAUCUCUUAUACAUUAUCUUGACAAAUAUUUCAAACAGAUCAAAUUUGAAUUAUUGGUCCAUUUUUAUGUUUGAAUUUUAUGAUAUAUGUAGAAGGUUUUCAAUCUGUAUUUGCCUUCUACGAAGAACAAAUGAAAUCGGCCAAUCCAAGUUUUUUGAAAUGUAAAUUAUUAUACAUGUACAUAUGUAAAUCUAAAUGCAUGUAUUUUUUUAACGGAUUAUCAAUGGCGAAUGGGAUGUUAUUAAAAAGUCAACAUGAAACAUUCGUUAAAGAUCUUUUCUAUUACCCGGUAAAAUAAGGAAUAUUCCAAUUAAAGAGAAGAUGUCACCAAAAUCUGUUGACAAUAUCUGCCUUGUAUGGAAGUCUUUCUGAUAUAGUGUUAUUCUAUAAAGAGCUUUCCCAUAAACAAAUCUUCAAUUUUGACCUACACAUUUGAUCCAACAUGCUGUGGAAAGGUAUUAACUUGAAAAAGACAAUUUUGUUACUUUUAAUGUAAUCAGAAACAAAAUUUAUUUCAACCUAAACAUCACCUUUUUAAGAGAUUAACCCAUAUUUUUUUUUCAUUCAAAUUGCUGGUAUAAAAGAAUUUCCACAUUAAUUUUAUUUUUUUAAUGAAUAUGGAGCUUAUUCAUUGAUGUAUAGAAAUGUACUCUUUUUUAAAUAUUACACUGUGAUGCGAUAGCUCAGGUGUAGACAUCAUGAUUGACUAAAUAUAUAUUUACUUAUUGCAUUCAAGUUGAUAAUGAAAAACAAAAUUUGUUUGAAUCAUUAUUAAAAUAUUUAACAAUCUGAUGCUUUUAUAUAUAAGAUAAAAAUCAUGUCAUGGAAUGAAAACUAGAAUGAUUUUAUAAAUGAUAUAACAAUUGAGAUUUCUUUUUAAACCAGAUAAUAAUUAUUUAGUUGCUAGAGGUGGAGAGGAAGACAAAUAUAUUUUGGUUUUUAUUGAAAUUUAAUCAUUUGUUGGCUCAUUAACAGUAAUGACUGCAGUGAAGAGCGAAAUUAAUUUCGAGAAAAUGGAUCUGAAGAUUUUUAGAGUGUGUGGUCAUCUCUAAAGGAAGUUGACAUUUUCUGCAUAAAAUUUAUUUCUAAAACCCUUUCAGAUGGACAAUAUAAACUUUGUAUCAUAGUUAAAUAAAUGUUAAACGUUA